AUGUUGAAUGGUGCCAAUAACGAGGCUACUGGCUCCCACAUAGAAGUGGCAACGGCGACUGUUACGAAGUCAAACGGGUUUCCGGCGCUGAUCGAGCGAAUAGACAAUGGUAAGGCCAGUACCUCACCUCACGAUCGAGAUGGUGACGAUGUGGAUGUUAGCGAUGAAAUACUACGACGAGUCAAUGUUAUAUCACGCGUUGAUUGA